CUCUUGUCACCCGGCCAGGUGACGCGUCUGGAGCACACCUGGGCGACAUUACGCCAGCGGCACACAGAGGGCGCCAUUCUCUACCAGAAAACUCUGCGGCCCUUCAUGAUGAGGCUGAAUGAAGGCAAAGAAAGCUGUCCUCUGUCCAGCACCAGCUUCCCGCACGUCCUGCCCCUCCUUUACCUGCUGGAGAGAGGCGUGGCGCUGGGUGAGGGGGCGGAGCCUUGGGAGACGGCGGAGGACGGCGUGGACGUGGUCAUGUUGCAUCUCGAGGCGGCCAGGACCGUGGCACAACUAGGCGACGUCUACAGGUCCAACGCUGAGAGCAAACUGCAAGGUUUCCAGGAGCAGGACGACAUCUUGGAAGUGUUCCAGACCGACUUCCAGAUGAGGCUACUGUGGGGGAGCAGGGGCGCCGUGGAGAGCCAGGCGCCGCGCUACGCCAAAUUCCAGCAGGUGCUGACGGCUUUGUCCAACAGGCUGGAGCCACCCGCGCCCCAGGCCACAAAAACCUGACUUGGGACUCCCGCCAAGACAUCAAUACGCCGUUUUUUAGACGGUCCCCAUAAGGUCUGUUCCCAUGACUCGAGUGUGUGAAGUGUCAAAUAUGCAACAUGCCGUUUUUGAG